AUGUUUUUAGCGCUUGUUAUAGGUAUACUGACGUUGCUCAUAGUUGGUGACUACCUGCGAAAAAGGCGACAUAACGAGAUUUUCAAGAAAAAUGGCAUUAACUCUAUGCCAAGCCUGCCAAUUGUAGGCGUGGCACAUCAUCUCAUCAAUCAGACACCAGCUGAUAUGAUCAACUUCACUGGCGAAGUGCUUGAGAAUAACAACAAAACCUGCAAUGUAUGGCUUUUAAACCAAGCGACUAUUUUGACAGCGGAUCCCAAAUUUAUCGAACCACUAUUGAGUAGUCAGAAAGUGUUGGCGAAAAGUAAUCUUUACGGACUGCUGAGCUCGUGGUUGGGUGAGGGUUUGCUACUAAGCACCGGAUCUAAAUGACAUAGUCGACGAAAAAUCAUUACGCCAACAUUUCAUUUUAAAAUCUUGGAAGAAUUCGUCGGAGUUUUCGCGAGGCAAAGUAAUAUUAUGAUGGAUUUGUUGAGAGAUGAAGCUGAUGGCAAGACUGUGGUGAAUUUAUAUCCGUUUGUUUGUUCCUUGGCUUUGGAUGUGAUAGCGGAAAACGCUAUGGGUGUGAAAAUCCACGCGCAGAUUCAAAGAGAUUUACCUUACGUGAAAGCCGUGCGAACUGUUUCGGCCCUCACAUCGGCGCGCUUUAUAUCAAUGCUGCAGAGGUUCGAUUUCUGGCUAUGGCUCACGGCACGUAGUUAAUAUAAGCAACUCCACAGUAGCAUUGCGCUAAUGCACGAUUUCACCGACAAAGUUAUCGAAGAGCGGCGAAAACUACUGGAACAAACCAAAUUACCCGAAGACCAAUACGAUGACGAAGAUGUUGGCCGUAAAAAACACACAGCUUUUCUGGAUAUGUUGUUGCUGGCAGAGACUAACGGUCAACCACUCUCCAACAACGAUAUACGCGAGGAAGUGGACACAUUCAUGUUUGAGGGUCACGACACCACGACUAGCGGUAUUUCAUUUACUUUUUAUCUGCUCUCGCGUCACCCGACCGUACAGCAGAAGGUUUUCGAAGAGAUACGCGCUGUGAUCGGUGAUGAUAAGCUGCGACCAAUCACAUUACGCGAUCUACAAGAACUCAAAUACUUGGAAUGUGUUAAGGAAUCGAUGCGUCUGUAUCCACCAGUACCCUCUAUUGGACGUUAUAUUGAGCAAGAUAUUUAUUUAGACGGAAAGCUUUACCCCGCCAAUACCAAUGUGACAGUUAUGAUUUAUCAUACCUUGCGUGAUCCUUCGUAUUUCAAGGACCCCAAACAGUUUAUACCCGAACGUUUUUAUAGCGAUAAUAUCGAAAAAAUAAAUAGCUUUGCCUACGUUCUCUUCAGUGCUGGUCCACGUAAUUGUGUUGGUCAAAAAUUUGCUUUGCUUGAGAUGAAGAGCACGAUUUCUAAGAUUUUACGUCACUAGUCUCUUCAAAUGGUAUAAAUAUGGGUUUACAAACAAGAUUAUACCAUUAGUGACAUACAUAUGAGAGGA